CGUUGGGAGGAAGCUCCGGGCUCUGAAGUCCUGCCUGGUGUGUCUGACCUCCUACUGUGAGACCCACCUGGAGCCCCACGAGAGAGUGGCCGGUCUGAAGAUCCACAAGCUGAUCGACCCUGUGGAGAACCUGGAGGACAGGAUCUGUAAGAAGCACCAGAAACUCCUGGAGAUGUUCUGUAAGACUGACAAGAAGUUUCUGUGUCAAGUGUGUUGUGAGGCAGAACGCAAACAACAUAAUGUUGCUCUUUUAGAUAUUGAGUCCAGAAAUCAAAAGAUCUCCGCUAGGAAAAUAAUUAUGGAGAUACAACAGAUGAUCCAAAACAAGCUACAACAAAUGGAGGAGAUCAAUCAAUCAGUUGACGUGACUAAGAUGAAUGCAAAGAAAGUGUUGGAAACAUGUGACCAGGUCUACACUGCUCUCAUCAACUCCAUUAAAAAGAACCAGGCUAAACUCAUUGGGGAGAUAAUGGAGAAACAGAAAGCAACACAGACAAGAGCUGAACGCCUCAUCCAAGAUCUGGAGAAGGAGAUUGUGGACCUUCAGAGGAGAAGCACAGAGCUGGAUCACAUCUUACACACUGAGGACCACUUUCUUGUCCUAAAGAGAUUCAGUCAAAGUUGUCACCAGCCACCACCAAUUAAAGAUUGGACGACGAUCCAUGUUGGCCAAGAGGAUUUCUUGAGCUGUGUCAGAAAUGCUGUGUGUGAGGUGGAGGGUUUUGUUAGGAGUCAAGCUAAUCAGCUUUCAGCCACUGAAUUGAAAAGGAUGCAGGAUUUUGCAGUGGACAUUACGCUAGAUCUCAACACUGCAGGACCCAGUGUCAUCAUCUCUGAAAAUGGAAAGCAAGUCAGGAAAUCACGAAAGCUACGCAAGGUUCCAAAUAACCCAGAGAGAUUCACAAAGGAUGUAUGCGUCAUGGCCAAACAGGGAUUCACCUCAGGGAGGCAUUACUGGGAAGUAGAAGUGGGGAGUAAAACAGAGUGGAAUGUAGGAGUUGCGACUGUGUCUGUGAAUAGAAAGGAAUCUAUUGUUGCCACACCUGACGAGGGUUUCUUCACCAUUGGUCUUACAGGUGGUAAUGCUUAUUAUGCCUCGACACAACCUGUAGUCUCAUUAAUCAUUUCUGAUCCUCUCCAAAUAGUGGGUGUCUUCCUGGAUAAUGAUGUGGGUCAAGUUUCCUUCUUCAAUGUAAAGGCUAAGACUCAUCUGUUCACUUACAGUGUGGGUAAACUCACAGAGAAGGCCCUGCCCUUUUUUGAUCCAUGUUGUCAUAAUGACGGUAAAGAUAGCUUCCCCCUUGUUAUAAGAUGAUGUACCUGUGCAGGUAAACCAUGAAUCAGAGUCUUCUUGGGUCUUCUCCUCUCAAGCCCAUCAUGGCAAACAUAUCAUGUGAUUUUGAAGUUUUGUGAAAUUGUUAUAAACAAUUGUGUUUGAUUGUGACAAUUGUGAUGUGAUGUUGAUUAUGCUUGUGAAAGUACGAGGGUAGAACUAAAUAAUAUUUAAUAAUAAAAAAUAAAAAAUAAAUCACUUUUAAUGUA